CUGACCAUGACGUAAUACACAAAAACAUGGUUCCCUUGUUUUGAAGCGUAAAGCGUGCUAAGUGCCCCCUUAACUUCAGUACGCAUGAGGAUGCUUCCCCAAAACUGAGAGGCCGGAAGACGACCUGAAGAGACGAUGGCCCAGUCCGCGGAGACGUGUGCUGAAACUGGACGAAGGCUGCGCUCCAUCUGCCGGAGGAUGUACGACGAGAACGAGGAUCUAUCUGACGUGGAGGAAAUCGCAAACAUCAGAGGUUUCAGCGUGGAGGAAAAGCUCUCCAGUGACUGCUACAACUCAGAUUUUGUCCAGUUCAUGAAGGGCAGAGACUUCUCUUAUGAAUACGUGCAAAGAGAGGCCCUCAGGAUACCACUUAUUUUUAAAGAGAAAGAUGAAUUAGGGAUAAGCAUGCCUGAUCCAGAGUUCACAGUCAGUGAAAUAAAAGGAUUAGUUGGUAGUCGCAGGUCUGUGGACGUCAUGGAUGUGAGCACUCAAAAAGGCUCUGAAAUGAGCAUGGCUCAGUUUGUCCGUUAUUAUGAGACACCAGAGGAAGAGCGUGACAAACUCUUCAAUGUCAUCAGCUUAGAGUUCAGCCACACUAAGCUGGAGCAUCUCAUCAAGCGGCCCACAGUGGUGGAUCAAGUUGACUGGGUGGACAACAUGUGGCCUCCUGAUCUGAAGCAUAGCCAAACAGAAGCCACCAACAUUAUUUCAGAGAUGAAGUACCCUAAAGUGCAAAGGUACUGUUUGAUGAGUGUAAAGGGCUGCUACACAGACUUUCACAUUGAUUUCGGAGGGACUUCAGUUUGGUACCAUGUAUUCAAGGGACAGAAAGUGUUCUGGCUUGUACCUCCAACCCCACAUAACCUUGCACUGUAUGAGGACUGGGUCCUAUCAGGCAAGCAGAGUGACAUCUUCCUGGGAGACCGGGCUGAUGGAUGCCAGAGAGUGGAGCUGAAACAAGGAUACACUUUCUUCAUCCCGUCUGGUUGGAUCCAUGCCGUUUACACUCCUGUGGACACACUAGUGUUUGGAGGCAACAUUCUGCACAGCUUCAACAUCCCUAUGCAGUUUAUUAUCCAUGAGAUAGAAAACCGGACAAAGGUUCAUUCCAAAUUCCGCUUCCCAUUUUACUAUGAAAUGUGCUGGUACGUCCUGGAGCGAUACCUGCACUGUCUGACCAAACGGUCCUACCUUAGUCAGGAGAUCCAGAAAGGAUCUGCCGACUAUGAGACAAAGACAGAAAGCCCUUGUUCGGACUCCAGGAGUCAAGACAUAAAUGAGGACUUCUGUGGACCUCAAGUCAGGGACGGCCACGGAGAAAAAGCUGAAAGACCCGCUGGAGAUGGCACCUGCUCACCUGACGACGUCAAGGGCCCCCUGCUUAAAGCGGUUUUAUCUGUUGACUCUGAGGACAGCUGUAAUCCUAGCUCCACGUCUCUAGAUUUCCCCAAAACCCCCUCAGAUUCUCCAGGCUCCGAGUCUCAGAGCAAGUGGACUCACUUGACUCAGCAUGAGCUGAUCGGGCUCAGGACACUGGUGGAGAAGUUGGAGUCACUCCCUGAAAAUAAAAAAUGUGUUCCGGUGGGGAUAGAGAGCCCUCAGGCCCUCCUGGAUGACAUGAAGAUUUUUCUGAAGGAACAUGCUGAUGAUGACCCAAAGUUAGCAAUCACUGGGGUUCCUGUUGUAUUAUGGCCUAAGAAAGUGUUAAAGCCUCGGCCUCCCAACCGGCCGAAACCUAAGAUGGCAGCGUCUCCUGCAUCAGCAGUCAAGCUGUCGGCCAGCCGGGGAACGUCUGGUGCCAGGAGAAGAAGGACGCGUUGUCGAAAGUGCGAGGCGUGUCUCCGGACGGAGUGCGGCGAGUGCCACUUCUGUAAAGACAUGAAGAAGUUUGGAGGGCCGGGGCGAAUGAAGCAGUCCUGCAUCAUGAGGCAGUGCAUUGCACCUGUCCUGCCCCACACAGCAGUGUGUCUUGUCUGUGGAGAAGCUGGAAAGGAGGACACGGUGGAGGAUGAGGAGGAGAAGUUUAACCUGAUGCUCAUGGAGUGCUCCAUAUGUAACGAGAUUGUUCAUCCAAACUGUCUCAAGAUUAAAGAUUCAAACGGAUUAGUCAAUGAUGAGCUGCCAAACUGCUGGGAGUGUCCAAAGUGUAACCAUGCGGGGAAAACUGGGAAAGCCACAAAGCAAAAAAGGGGGCCAGGAUUUAAGUAUGCGUCGAACCUUCCUGGCUCCCUUCUCAAAGAACCACGGUUAAACCGAGACUCAAAGGAGGAGCCUGAGCCACUGCCGCCUGCGCUGCCGGUGGUGAUGGCUACAACAAUUGUUAACACGCUGACGACUACGUCUGCUGUGAAAAGAAAAGCGGAGCGGGAAGUAACCUCUAAGAAGAACGAGGAGGAGCCUCAAAGGAAACGUCCGCCCCUGUUAGCUCUGGAUAGUUUGCCACGAACACGGCUUGAAGAUAAUCCGUUACGGAAGAAAAGGAAACUGUUUGACACAAAUGAUGAACCCAUUAUGUUAAAAAAGAAGAAAAAGCUUUUAAAACCAGAUGAUCAAUUUAGUCCAAAGCUUUUGCAACAAAUCAAGACAGAGAAUGAUCACAGGGAGGAAGAUGAGAGACAAUGGGACCAUGAAGAAGAUGUCUUAUCCCUAGAUAAUAUGCAUUUUAAAAAGAAGAAUGAGUAUUCCAAUGAGGUGCCAAAUGAGGACACAGAAGAAGAGGAGGCUGCAAUCAAAGAGAGAGAUGGUACUACACAUGACAAAGCCAAGGUGCUCGCAAGUCCUCUGCUAAGAACAUCUUCAGCCAGAGAAGGUGACCAUUCAUCCUCCAACUCUCCCAGAGCUGGACCAAGCAGUGAUACAGGAGAUGGCCAGGAGAAGAGUUCUGCUCAGCUUAAAGCUCGCCAUCAGCGCCGGCGUCUUCCAAACAAAGGACUGAGCAAAGAAUUGGGCCAAGAGAUUCUCAAGAUGGAGGAUCCUCUGAACAACCAGAAGCAUAGCGCAGAGAAGACAGAGAACAACACUCAUUAUCGCAGGCCACUCAAAAAUGAAGAUUCUGUGUCCAAUCAGAACUGCAAACCUAUGAAAACAGAAGACACUCAGAAUCGUAGAGCUCCCAAACUGGAGGACAGUGUCGCAAACUACCACAGACAGCCGCUGAAAAUCGAAGACUGCUCGGGCAACCAGAAUCACAGUCCAGUAAAACCUGAGACAGGGAGUGAAGCAGACGAGCAGAAGCCAAAAUGGCCUCUUAACAAUGGCAGCAGUGACCUGGGUGACUGGCUGAGACACAGAGGAAGGGAGGUAAACGGGACACCGCGUGGUUACUCUUCACUUUGCUGGAACAGAAGCAUACCGAUUACACCAAUAUGUCCGCGUCCACUCCCCCGCCGGUCACCACCAAAGUGCGUUCAAAUGGAGCGCCACGUCAUCCGACCCCCUCCCAUAAGCCCCCCGCCUGACAGACUGCUGCUGAAUGAUGGUGAAGCCCACAAGAUGCGGCGGGAGGCAUGGAUGAAAGUGUUCAGUCACCUCCCUCACAGAGAUCUCUGUGUCUGCAUGCGUGUCUGCAGAGCUUGGAACAGAUGGUGCUGCGACAAAAUACUCUGGAAGCACAUCAGCCUGAACCGCUGUAAGUCAAUAACACCUCUGAUGCUGAGCGGCAUCAUCCGUAGGCAGCCAGUAGGUCUGGACCUCAGCUGGACCAACAUUUCCAAAAAGCAGCUCAGCUGGCUAAUCAACAGACUUCCUGGCCUGCGUGUGUUGCUUCUUUCAGGAUGCUCUUGGGUUGCUGUCUCUGCCCUGUGCACUUCUAGCUGUCCUCUACUGCGAACGCUGGACGUUCAGUGGGUCGAGGGACUGAAAGACGCCCAGAUGAGAGACUUACUGUCGCCGCCCACAGAUAACAGACCAGGUCAGUUAGAUAACAGGAGUAAACUGCGUAACGUGGAGGACCUUCGGCUGGCUGGACUGGACAUCACCGACACGUCUCUGUGCCUCAUCAUUCGUUACAUGCCUCUCUUAUCGAAGCUGGACCUCAGCUAUUGCAACCAUGUCACCGACCAGUCCGUCAACAUCCUGACAGCUGCAGGGACGACUACCAGAGACUCGCUCACUGACAUCAACCUGUCAGUCUGUAACAGGGUCACCGACCAGUCGCUGACCUACUUCAAACGCUGCGGAAGCAUCUGUCACAUCGACCUGCGAUACUGCAAACAGGUGACCAAGGAGGGGUGUGACCAGUUUAUUGCCGAAAUGUCAGUCAGCGUUCAGUUUGAGCUAAUAGAGGACAAACUGCUGCAGAAGAUCAGCUAAGCACAGGAGAGACUGUGUUAAAAGUACUGUCCACAUGGAGGCAGCAGACGACUGUGUGUUGGAUAUACAGAACUGACACUAGGACAGUAAAUACAUCUGAAAAGGGAUGUGCUGCUGAGCCAGAAUGUAAAAAUGGAGAUCUCGUCCAUGGCAAUAUGUUCUGAAAUGUUUUUGUUGUUGCACCUGUUUAUGACUUAUUUAUUGAUAAACCGUUUGUGUAUUAUAUCACAGCUAUCCCCUGGUGUUUAUAGACUAUUUUGCUCUAAUGCAAUACCCUUUGCAUUAUAGAUCAAUAUUUUUGUAUCAGAAAGUCUUUCAUACAUUUACGUGCAGUAUAAAAUGCACCAGUGUACGGUAUCAUAUCGCCAAAAUAAAGAAAAAAGUGGAUAAUCAGUUGGCAUUGAUGUUAAGCUCUCUGGAGUUAAUGAAAAAUGUCUGAUUCGUUGGCAGGUAAUUAGUGUUUGUGUGGUUGUUUUUACACUUUAUUAAAUGUGCCUGGAUCUGUUUUUUCAAAUAGACAAAGCUACUGUAAAAAUGUUUUCCAAUAUAAAGACCAUAUUUGGAUCAGGUACUGUACCUGUAUGUAUGUUUCAAAGCUUAAAACUUAUUUGCACUCAUGAGGUAAAUCCGAAUACAUGAAUGUAUUCCUGCAUACUCUACAUUGUACAGUGUAUAAAGCAUAUUUUUCACCAAAACGUUCCACUUCGUAAAUUUCCUGACUGCUUGUAUUUCACACGGUUCCUCUGCAUUAAGACGUCAGCGAGCAGUAACCUCUCUGCCAUCUUCUUCAUUGGUGCUUUGUAGAAUAAAACGUUUUAGCUCUGCAUGCAGCUACAAAAUUUUUACGUCCUUCUGUAGAUUUAAUAACAAUUUAACAAUGUUACCUGUCUGCUUAAUACAGGCCUUAGUGGAGCUCCAUAUAGGCAGUGGUGAAUCAUGCAAAAACAAAAAGAAAAAAAAAAAAUAUAUAUAUAUAAUCAGCAAAGACUGAUAAAAUAAAAAGAAGACCAUCAAGUUAAAUAAAAAAUAAUAAGCCAGUUUUUCUUCCUAUUUUAUUCCAAAUUCAUUCUUUUUCAGGAUUUUAGGGUUGUGGCAGAUUUGGUUUCCAUCUGCUGUAGUUGAAGCUUUUAAAUAAAGCAUCAUUAAAUGAGACAAAAUUAUCUGUCUUCUGCUAAAUUUACCACAGCCAAGCACAGUGGUCCGAGGAUAAGCUCCAAGGUUUUAGUUUAUGACUGAAGGCAUGAUCUUGCUACUUAUUAUGUAGGAACAAAUUUAUAAAAAAAAAUCAAAGUUGAAUACUACUUUGUAACAUUUUACAGAAGUGUUUCUGAAAUUGCUUUUGGUUUUAAACACUAAAGAAUUGAAAUUUUCAUUCAAAAUGUACUACUUUUUCAAAGUGAUUCCUUUUUUUGUGGAAAAAACUUUAUAAAUGGCAGUCCGUGUUUACAGGUUAACGGCAUUACUUUAAAAAAAUAUUUUUUUUUGUUAAAAGACCGUCUCUCCAUGAGAAUCUUUUGUACAUUACCUCAUAUCAGUCUAUCUGUACAAAACAUACAUGUAAAUCUUAUAAAAAUCUUUGCUAUAUUAAAUUCACUACAAACACUGAA